UUUCCAAUUAUUUUUUUUGCUAAGAUUAACUUUUAACCUUAAAUGUUCUCUAAUAGAAAUAGACAAGGUACUGUCUCAGAACACAAGAGUUUAUUUAACAUAAAAUACAGCCAUGAAAUUUUAUUUACUUACUUAUUUAUUUGUUGCUAUGAAACUUUAGAAUAGAAUAGACAGCACCUGCCAUUUGCACCUUAAAUUUUAAACAAGAAUAGGUUGAGUUUCAAUGGAAACAAUUAAGAAUACAUUUAUGGCAUUCCCUCCCAUUGCUCCCACCCCAGUCCAGCCCUGAGACCAAGAACUUUCCCUAGAUUUUCUGUCCUCCUUCCUUCCUUCCACGGAUACCAUCAGGAACUCCUGUGAUGAUUGCUGACCUGAAGCAGUGUAUUGAGAGUAAGGGGCCCCUAGCACUUCCACGGGCUCAGGGUCUGAAGCCGUGAUCAAAACUUGACAAGGCAAGGGGGCAGGUCCAAUGAGCAUUCCUGAUGAAGUUGUGAAAAGGACCCGGGACUCUGGGAGGAUGGGUGCAGAGAUGUCUGCUUAUGAGGGGUUUUAGAGUAGGAGACAACUGGGAGAAAAGAGGUGGAGUAGUUCUGAUACCCUGCAGAAGGUCUCUUGUCAAGACCCGUAUUUGUUCAAACCUACCUGGUUGGUGUCACUUCAAGUGGGAGUUAACCCUGUGACACCAGUUUUUCUGGUCCAUUUAGCUGCUUAGUCAUUGGGCUUUUUCUUCUUCCUCCCACCAAGCUUAUAUGCCAUUUAUUUAUUAACUCUCUCCUUGUGAUUUUCUUCUUACCAUAUUUGACAGUCUCAUAAAUUCUGAUAAAGCCUGCGGGAUUUUUGGGAGAUGAUUUGUUUCUGGUUUCACUUCCUUUAAAAUGUUAGAGAGACCAGCAAGCAAGGAAGAGCCUCUACCUUGAAUUUGAGACAUAAGUUACUUUGAUAAGAGGAUUUUAAAAAUUCCCUUUUAACCACAGAACUCCGUAGGAAAGGACUUUGAAAGAAAUGAAGAAAACCAUCAUAAAUCAAGACAGCAGCCUCAUGGCCUUUUAUUGACUAGAGUGGAGUUUUAUUACUGCAGUGUUUUGGAAGGACACUGUGCAGGAUGUCUACUGAGGUCAUUCAUCAGGUUGAAGAGGCACUUGAUGAAGACGAGAAGAAAAUGCUUCUUUUUUUGUGCCGGGAUGUGGCUGCAGAUGUUGCUCCGCUUAAUGUCAGGGACCUUCUGGAUAUUUUAAGUGAGAGAGGAAUGCUGUCUGCCAUGGGCUUGGCCGAGCUGCUCUACAGAGUGAGGCGGUUUGACUUGCUCAAGCGGAUCUUCAAGAUGGACAGAAAGGCAGUGGAGGCCCACUUGCUCAGGCACCCUCGCCUUAUUUCGGACUAUAGGGUGCUGAUGACAGAGAUUGGUGGUAAUUUGGAAAAAUCUGAUCUGUCCUCAUUAUUUUUCCUCAUGAGGGAUUAUACUGGCCGAGAAAAGGUAGCCAAGGAUAAGAGUUUCCUAGAUCUCGUGAUCGAAUUAGAGAAACUUAAUCUGAUUGCUCCAGAUCAAUUGGAAUUACUAGAGAAAUGCCUGAAGAACAUCCACAGAGUAGACCUGAAGACAAAAAUCCAGAAAUACAAGCAGUCAGCUCAAGGAGCUGGGACAAGUUAUAUAAAUGCACUCCAGGCAUCAUUCCCAAAUUUGAGUCUUAAGGAUCCUUCAUGUAACUUAAGGCUCCAGAAUGGGAGAAGUAAAGAACAAAGACUCAAUGUGGGACAACUUGAUCUUCAAAGAGAAUCAGUGAAGGCAUCCAUCCAGGAAUCGGGAGCAUUUCUACCGCGGCACAUACCAGAAGAGAGAUACAGGAUGCAGAGCAAGCCCCUAGGAAUCUGCCUGAUAAUCGAUUGCAUUGGCAAUGACAUAGAGUUUCUUCGGGACACCUUUACUUCCCUGGGGUAUGAAGUCCAGUAUUUCUUGUAUCUGAGCAUGGACAGUAUCAUCCAGAUUCUUCGCCAAGUUGCCUGCAUGCCCCAACACCAAGACUAUGACAGCUUUGUGUGUAUCCUGGUGAGCCGAGGUGGCUCCCACAGUGUGUUUGGCGUGGAUCAGACACACUCGGGUUUCCCUUUGGAUCAGAUCAGGAGGAUGUUCAUGGGAGACGCAUGCCCUUCUCUCUUAGGGAAGCCAAAGCUCUUUUUUAUUCAGAACUAUGUGGCAUCAGAGGACCCGCUGGACAACGGCAGCUUGCUGGAGGUGGACGGACCAGCCAUCCACAACGUGGAAUCCAAAGCCACGCAGCCUGGGCCAGGCACCAUUCACCGAGAAGCGGACUUCCUCUGGAGCCUGUGCAUGGCGGACGUGUCCCUGUUGGAACGGCCCUACAGCUCUCCGUCAUUGUACCUGCAGUGCCUGUCCCAGAAACUGGGGAAAGAAAGAAGACGCCCACUCCUCGAGCUCCACAUUGAACUCAAUGGCAGUGUGUAUGAUUGGAACAGCAGAGUGUCUGCUAAGGAGAGGUACUAUGUCUGGCUGCAGCAUACUCUGAGAAAGAAGCUUAUCCUCUCCUGUAAAUGAAUAGCCAAAAGGCUUUCGUAGCCCUGCCGUCUCCACCACUAGCCAGAGGUAGUUUUCAAGCGAGUCUAUGUGUCAUGUGGGGAAGGUGAGGUCCCAUAGGUGCCGAAAUGAGCCUCUGUGAGAAAUGUGGUCAGGAGGGUGUGUUUGAACCAAAGCCUCUGGAUGGAAGGCUUUGGCUUCUGUUGCUGAAAGCAUGUCAAGCCUGUGUUAGGAAGGAAAUGGCUGUGAAACCUGAAAAAAGGACUGGUUGAGUUGGGUGCCUCAGGAUUAUGUUGCCUUCCUUCGUGUGAUCAAAUAAACCAGAGCCACGGAGCUAGGGUUGUAGAUACACCGUCUAUUAGCCUGUGGGUAUCCGUGCUCCAAUAGAAAAGUUAAAAAAAAAAACAACAAAAAACCACAACAAGGAAACAUAACAUACACUUAAACUCUUACGUACCGCCAGCCACCACAGUUAACAUGCGAUUUUUUUUCUGUACCCAAGAAAACAUGUCUGAAUGUGAAGACUGGGUGGCUGUCCUCCUCCGUUCAGGUUCCUAUGACAAAGUACCGGAGACGGGAGGGCUUAGAGAAACACCUACUUCUCGCGGUUUUAGAGACUGGGAAGUCCAAGAUCAAGGCGCUGGCAGGUCUGGUGUCUGAUGAGGACCCGCCUCUGGGUCUGCUGGUGGCCAUGUUCUUGCUGGGCCCUCACACAUGGCAGAGGACAGAGAGAGGAAGCAAGCUGUCUUGUGAUGGUUCCACCUUCAUGACCCUAAUUACCUCAAAAUGCUCUGUUGCCUAAUAUCAUCACACUGUGAGUUAGGGUUUCAACCUAUGAAUUUGGUGAGGGACACGAACAUUCAGUGCACAACCAUGCCUUUAUAAUUCGAGAUUGCUUGUCUGUCUGGGACUCAAGUGGUAUUUUACAACUAAUCACGUACACCUUUCUUUCUCAGGUUUGAGGCGAUGACCUAAAAGCAAGUCAUUAUUUAAAAUAUCAUUUAAAGUUUUAAAAAAAUUAUUUAUUUUUAUAUUUUUUGACUUGGUGUUAAAUGCUGUGUAUCUCUAUGUGUAAAUGUAGUAAAAUAUUUCAAGUCUUAUGUAAUAGCCCCAAACUGAAAAUUUGCCCAGUGUUCAGGAAUACGAGUAUGGUAAUGAUGUUAUAUUCACUGAUGGGUAUUUUAUGUAACCAUUAAAAUUAUGUUUAUAGGGGCACCUGGGUGGCUCAGUCGUUAAGCGUCUGCCUUCGGCUCAGG